GGCACCCGCUGCUCAAGAGGAUCCUUCAGCCGCGUCCCUGCUCCACACUGGGGACACCGUGGUUCCUGGGGACAUGGGUCCUGCUCUCCUCCUGCUGCUCACUACAGCUGGUGUCUGGCACGGCUCAACAUCCCCAGUGAUCAGCCCUGACCUCCCUGCUCUGGUUGUCAAUACGGGUGAUCCAGUCAUCUUGCACUGCUCAGGAGAGUCUGAAGUUGAAUGGAAAAACCAAAAGGUUACAUUCAGCAACCACACCAGCAGCACGCUCAGUAUUCCCAAGGCCACUUACAGGGAUACAGGCACCUAUAAGUGUGCUUAUGUCAACAGCAGUGACAAGGGCAUUGCAACGGUGCAUCUGUUUGUGCGAGAUCCCAAUAACGUGUGGUACACCCCAACUUUCCGGAUCUUUGUGACCAAAGGUGCUAAUGCUGAGCUCCCUUGUCUCAUCACGGCCCCCGAGCAUGGAUCCAGCGUGACUCUGAUAAUGGAUGACACCUCUCAUCUCUCACCCGGGACCAACUAUUCUUUUAGUACUGAGAAAGGAAUAACACUGUACAAUGUGCAAAGCAAGCAGAAGGGCUUUUACCGAUGCCAAGCAGUGAUAAAUGGAAAAAUAGAGAAGUCAUCAAGAAUAAGACUGAUUGUGGAAGAAGCACUGGAGAAGCCCGUGUCAGUGAUGAUGGACCCUGAAGACCAUGUGCGAAUCGUGGGUGAACCUUUCGAAGUCACUUGCAGAGUAAUUGCUCCCUCCCACAAGUAUGACAUCAGAUGGGUGACAGCAGCAAAGAGCGUCAGGAGAGCUAAAAAGCCUAGCUUUGAAAAUGAGAACUACUUCAUCAGCGACAUCCUGACUGUUCCAGUGGUGACUAUGGAAGAUAGUGGGAAAUACACUUGUAUAGCCAACAAUUCAGCAGGAUUCAGGAAUGCCUCGACAAUGCUUCAGGUAGUAGAGAGAGGUUAUGUGUUCCUGACCCCAGUGCAAGCCACCAGCCAGGAGGUUGCUUUGGGAGAGAGUCUGAAGCUGCAGGUCCACAUUGAGGCUUACCCAAAACUUCUCCACUGGGGCUGGGAGCACAUGAACCCCUUGAAGGACUCUGGGAGUACCACAUUCGAGGGCCAUAUGAUCUCUGGAAACAACUGGUAUAACAACACGCUCUUCCUGAACCGCCUGCAGGAAGGAGAGGGAGGUCUUUAUACAUUCUAUGCCCUCAACAAUGAGACCAAUGCAUCAGUUACCUUCAGUAUCUCUGUGAAAUCUCCUCCAAGGGUCUGCAAAAUCAAGGUGCCAGCCAAUGACUCCAGCAUCCUUCAAUGCAUGGCCAUCGGCUACCCUGCCCCACGCAUUGAGUGGUACCAGUGCCCCAUUCACUCCGACAGAUACAAUGAGGACUAUAGGUUGCUGCUGAAUGACUCCAGUCCCCAGGUGGUGAAUGUGUUGCCCUUCCGAGAGGUGGAGGUGGAGAGCAUUGUCCCGUUCCAGGAGCUGGGUGCCAAUUUCACCCUCUGCUGUGUGGCCAUUAACCGAGAGGGGAAUGCUUCUGACAUGUUUCACUCACUCACUAUCACCAGAAAUGUCAUGGCCCCCCCAAACAAGCUCUUCAGCCCCAUUCUCUCCACCUGCAUAGGCACAUCGGUCCUGCUGCUCCUCCUACUCCUCUUCCUCCUCUACAAGUAUAACCAGAAACCCAAGUACCAGGUGCGGUGGAAGAUCAUUGAGGCCUGUGACGGGAAUAACUACAUCUUUAUCGAUCCCACUCAGCUGCCAUACAAUGAAAAAUGGGAGUUUCCCAGGAAUAACCUCCAGUUUGGAAAAACUCUUGGAGCAGGAGCCUUUGGAAAAGUGGUAGAAGCCACCGCUUUUGGGCUGGGCAAAGAAGAUUCGGUCCUCAAAGUGGCUGUGAAGAUGCUAAAGUCGUCGGCAGACACAGAUGAGCAGGAGGCUCUCAUGUCUGAGCUGAAGAUCAUGAGUCACUUAGGACACCACGAGAACAUUGUUAACCUGCUGGGAGCAUGUACCUAUGGAGGCCCAAUCCUCGUCAUCACCGAGUACUGUCGCUACGGAGAUCUGCUGAAUUUCCUGCGGAAGAAGGCUGAAUCCAUAAUUAUCCAAGAUUCUGCCCUGGACACCUCUUUAGACAGUGCUGCUGAUUACAAAAAUGUUGACCUCGAGAAGAAAUAUAUCCGCAGUGACAGUGGCUUUUCGAGCCAGGGUUUGGAAACCUAUGUUGAAAUGAGGCCUGUGUCAUCAUCGUCUUCAGCGUCAUCAGAUUCUGCGCAAGCCAGGGGGAAAAGCUCAGAGGAAGAUGAAACCAGGGAGGAACUCCGUCCCCUCAAUCUCUCUGACCUGCUACAGUUCUCCAGCCAGGUGGCCCAGGGCAUGGCAUUCCUCGCAUCAAAGAACUGCAUCCACCGUGACUUAGCAGCCAGGAAUGUGCUCGUAUCAGAUGGACGGGUAGCCAAGAUCUGUGACUUCGGCUUGGCCCGUGAUAUCAUGAAUGACUCUAAUUAUGUUGUAAAAGGCAAUGCCCGCCUGCCCGUGAAAUGGAUGGCCCCAGAGAGCAUCUUUGACUGCAUUUACACAGUGCAGAGCGAUGUGUGGUCUUAUGGCAUCCUUCUCUGGGAGAUCUUCUCCCUUGGUAAAAGUCCAUAUCCCGGCAUGGUGGUGAACAGCAAGUUCUACAGUAUGGUGAAACAAGGAUACCAGAUGGCCAGGCCUGACUUCGCUCCCUUGGAAAUGUACAGCAUUAUGCAGGCAUGCUGGAGCCUGGAGCCCACACAGAGACCGACCUUCGACCAGAUCGCCUGCUUCAUCCAGAAAGAACUGGAGGUGCAUAAGGAGCAGGACUACACCAACCUCCCCUCCACUGCUGAGGAAGACAGUGGCUGUGAUACCUCUGGCUGCUGUGAGGAGUCCUGUGAGCAAGAGGAGAGUGGCCAGCCCCUUCUCAAGAGCAACAACUAUCAGUUUUGUUAGCUGGUACCACCACCCUGGGGUCGAUCCCUGUCUCCUGGCUCUGCAGAGCGCACGGUUCUGCUCUGCCCUGGGACGCAGACACCUUCUGCUUUGGCUCUCCUCUCUGUGCUUUCUGAAGUAUGAGUGUUACCGACUCCCGCACCGAAAGGAUAGCACUGGAGUGACACAAAACCAAGACUCACCAUGGGGUCCCUAAGGUUUUAUCUCAAGUGUAGCAUAGAGUUGUUAGGAUGAUAACAUGCUCCAUCUCUGCAAGGUACAGAGUAGUCUUUUUAAAAUACAAGUUGCAGCCAAGUAAGAAAUUUCCAAAAGGCACUCACAUGACUGAACACUUGAAUUUCAAGAUGUGCUUGUAAAAUGCAAGUCCUGAAGCUGGAACUGUUCCACACACCAGCAACAGCCCUCUUUCUUGGUGGUCCUGCUCUCUUUCCUUUGUCAGUCUGAUCCUAGACAAUGCAGAGCGAGUGUUUAGAUAUAGGUAAAGCCUCUACUUAGCAUUAAAUAUGCAUUAACCUCUCCAUUUUCUCAUGCAAUCUACCUCUCUGCAGCUGAUGCUUCUGCAGGGAUUGUUUGAGCAAAGUGAGCCACGGAGACAAGCCCAGGGUUAUGUGAACUUGUGCCCCAGUAACAGGACAGAGGGGCAGUUAUUUCUCAGGUAAAAUACAGAAGUAACCUGUGUUCUUCCACAUGAGCACUGAAUACAACCACAAUCCAGGAAAGAAUGGCAGCUUAAACAGAUCUGGAAAUGAUCAACAUAAUUCAGAAACAUGUAGCAAUCACUGCCUUUGUCACAAUUACAGAUAUGCUCUUUUUUCCUAAGUGUAUUUUAAUAGUACCACUGAGGUAAUUUUUCUUCAUAAGCUAGGGCCUAAUGCCCUUAAACUUAUUUCUCACCUAGCUCUUGCUCAGGGUAACUACUGCCACAGCCACCCGGUCCUGUGUAGCUAUCAGAAGUAGCUAACGAACCUUCUUGGCUUUACCUGACUCAGUGGGUAAAAGGAUCAGUAUUUCAGGUACAAGCACUGACAGGGCCCAGGCAAACUACAGUGUGACAGAACUACUGUAUGGCAGGUGGCCUCUGUCAUACUGUGAACAGUUAUAUUGUGGGCCACUUCUGAUUAUAUUAAACCUGUUUUUAUGCUAACACCAAGUGAUUCCUUCCUCCUUACUAAAUAAAAAGCUAAUAUUUCUAUCUGUCAGCAUUAUAAAGAAUAAAAUGUUUAACAAAAUAAGUCUCUUCUAGGGCUUUAAGGACUGUUCUCAGAGGGGAACAGAUUAGAGCAUGGGUGAUGCACUGGCCCAUCCCCUCAUACCCUCUAACUCUACUCCAGUUCCUCAGACAUACUUCUCAUUACCAGUUCUCAAAACCAUUCAAUCUUGUGUAAUGCAAAAAACCUAUUAAAAGCAA